UUGAACUAGUGCAGAAGUUUAUACCAUAGAUUAACCACAUGUUUAUACUACACGAACCAGAGUUUAGAAUAGUAUUUUAACCUUAAUUUUUUCAUUGUCGAUAAAUUAAAUAAUUUCAAAAUGUUUAAUGAAAUUAAAGAUUAUGGUUUUAUGAGAAAUGUAAUUAAUUCUCCGAAUAGACCUAUGGAACCAAGAAAUCAUUUUUCAAAAACACCUAUCAUCUACGACAGUUUAUUCUUUAUAAGCUUCAACACAACAGGAAAUUGUAUUCUUGGAUCGUCGGCAGUAGAUAAUACUUUUUGGGAAGGUACAUUAUUGUAUUUCGAAAAUGAUAAGGAAUUAGAACAGUAUAAUUAUUGUGGAUCUUAUAUUCAUAGCACUACUUCAGAUGGAAAAUUUAUCAAUGAAAAAAUGAUUGCAUUAGCAGAUGAUACAGGUCACAUAAAUGUACUGUCCAUUGAUGAAGAUAAUACUAUCAGAACUACUAAUUAUUUCCGACUUGCUGAUAGAGUUCCUCAAGUAGAUGUUUGGGAUAACUCUUCUAGAAUUUUGGGAUGUGGCAGCAAGUCAAUUUAUAUUUUCGAUUUCAAAUCAAGUGAUACAAAACCUUUGCAAAGAUAUGAGUGGUUUCAUUGUGAUACAAUAAAUUGUGUAAAUACAUUAAAAAAAGACACAAACUUAUUUCUGUCAGGAGGGAGAGAUAGAUUAGCUUGUAUUUGGGAUAUGAGAGAUCCUGUUGCUGCAUCUUUACUUUACACAAAUGAAUUUUCAUCUGUCACAAGUAUAGCAUGGAAUCAACAGGAUAACAAUUACAUAGUUACAGGUACACAGGCAGGUGAUGUGUAUCUUCUAGAUAAAAGGGAACCAAAAGAAUUUUUAUCUGUACUCUAUUGCUUUUCUGCUCCAGUUAAUAGAAUUUGCUUCAAAGACAGUUCAAAUUUUGCAGUUUGUGGGGAUACAAAUGAAGUUUUGAUUAUUAAUUCCAAAACUAGCGAUUUAGAUAUUGUUUAUAGAAAUGAAAAACAUCAAGGCCACGUCAAAGGUUUGGCUUGGUAUAAUGAUGUUUUGUAUUCUUGUGGAUUUAAACAAACCUUAAUCAAACAUGUAAUUUAAUAUAUAUAAUAAAAUAUAAAAUUUUGUAAUUU